GCCAAACCAGAUUCUCUCAUCACUAUGAAGCAAAAAAACAAAUCAUCACACAUAGAGAGCAUUUAAAUUAUAGCUUAGCUCAACAUUUAAUUCAUUUGGCCGUACAUAAUCUUUUAUUUAUGGCCCCAUAAAAGGCUACAAAAUUCACAUCGUUCCUCUAAUUUAUGCUCUUCCUCGAGAUCCUCCUCCUCUUCCUCUUCCUCUUCCUCUUCCUCUUCCUCUUCCUCUUCUUACGACGACGACACCCACCAUGGGGCGCAAGAAGCUCGCAAUGAGGCGAAUCGACAACCCUACUUCCCGACAACUCACUUACACGAAGCGCAAGGAUGGCAUCGUCAAGAAGGCCGGCGAGCUCUCGGUUCUAUGCGACACGGACGUCGCCCUCAUCAUGUUUUCGCCCUCCGGCCGCCUCACUAGCUUCGCUAGCAACGGAAGAAUUGAGGAUAUCUUCCUUCGUUUUGUUGACAGGCCUGAUGAGCUAAGAGGAGGGCCUAUUAAUCACGAAGAGUUCUUGUCUCAAAAGUUGAAGCAGUUGAAGUAUGAAGGUGAAAUGCUGGAAAAGAUAGCCAUGUAAGAAGCCCUUAUGCUUUUAAGCUUCA